CUUGGUUGCUGGGUGACGGCAGUCAGGUGACUGUCUGCAGACGGAACAUGGCUGACCUGUCAGAAGACCAAUGAGGGAAAGGCCAAAUUUUGCAUAAUCGAUCCUGUUUUUUUUCCUCGUUUCUGACCACAGUUGACCGUCGUGGGCAGCGUUUGACGAAAACUAGCCAAGAUGAGUGCUUUGCCAGAGGGAAUGGCAAACGGCCCAAGUAGGAAUGCACACUUGGAGCAAGAAGAUACUCAAAUUUGGGAGAGACCAUGGAGUCUUGAAGAGAUACGGCAACACAGUGCCAACUGGUCUUUAGCUGCUGACUCUGGGCUUUUCCACUUCCUCCAAGACUUCUCCCAUAGAAUGAUGUCAAAAACACAUGAGAUUGAAAAGCAGUUGGACAGUCUUAUCUGUGACACCAAGGCCACCGACAGCCGCCUACAUUCUGUCUUCAAUGACUUCCUAAUGCUUUCUAAUACACAGUUUAUUGAAAAUAGAGUGUACGAUGAAGAAGUAGAGGAGACCGUUCCCAAAACGGAUGCGCUAGAGAAGCAGCCUGAGCAGGAGAAGACUCGAGAGCAGAAGGAGGCGGAGCUGAUCCCUAAGAUGCAGGAAGCGGUGAACUACGGUCUAAAAGUUUUGGAGUCCGCCUUCGAGCAUCUGGACAUCAAAGCGGGGAACUCCGACUCGGAGGACGAGGACAUCACAGAACGAGUAGAGCCUAUCCUGGAGCCCAAGGAUCUGUAUGUGGAUCGGCCACUUCCUUAUCUAAUUGGUUCUCAAGCCUUCAUGGAACAAGACGAUGUAGGACUUGGUGACCUGUCAAGUGAUGAAAUGUCAGUUGACAGCGACAGGGACAGUGUGAUCGACAGUGAAGAUGACAAGGAAACAGUCCAUUCAGAUGACGACUCCUAUCAGGAGGAGCAGCAAGGUCACAAUAACGUAAAAAAGAAGUCAUCCAUGGUGAGUUAUGAAGAAGAGGAUGAAGAAGAGGAGGAGGAUUCUGACAUAUUUGGAGAAUCGGACAAGGAUGAAGAUAUUGAUGACUCCGAAAAAACAGACCCGUCAGAUUUUGCAAAUGAGCUAGCUGCUCGAAUCAAAGGAGAAAUCAACAACAGGCCGGAGGGAGAUCAUGCGUCUUUAUCAUCUAAGAAGAAGAGUAAAGCCAGAAAAGAGUCAAAAUCGACAAAUGCACAGGCUGAAGAGGACAGCGACGACAUGUUUAAGCCUCCAAAGUUGGAUGAUGAGGACUUCUCCCCAUUUGGAGGAAAAAGUGGGCUCUUUAGUGGAGGGAAAGGCCUCUUCGACGAUGACGACGAGGGAGAUCUUUUCUCUGAGGCACCGAAGCCUGUGAUGGAGGAGCAAAAAGCAACAAAUGUGACCGUGAAAAGCACAGCUCAAGCUACAGAAUCUAGCAAGCCUAAUAAGAAGAUUCCAGCUGGAGCUGUAUCAAUAUUCCCAGAUAACCGCCUCUUCAGUUCAGGACAGGACUCUGAUUCAGAGGAGAGAAAAGAGAAUGGCACUCCAGCUGUUAGGACUCAUGUUGCCCCCAAACAAACUCCCACGGGAGCUGCUGCUGCUGCUGCUGGUGGAGGAAAGGGAUUAUUUGAUGAUGAUGAUGAGGAGGAGGAAGAUGAUGACUUCUUUGGUGGUAAAAGCCCGAAAAAGCCUGAUUCAAUUGUACAUAAGAAACCUAAACCCAAGACACAUAUUGACCUUUUUGAUGAUGAAGAUGAGGAUGGGGACAUUUUCAGUGGCAGUUCAUCAAUUUCGACUCAGAGCAAGAGGGAGUUUGUGGAAAAAUCGGAUAAAUCACCUGAGAAAAAGAUGCCGCCUGGGGCCAUUUCCACAUUUGGUCCUGCGACUAAAAGCUUGCUGAGUGAAGGCCUGAAAAAACACAGAGGAUCCAGCAGCGAGGCGUCAGAGAAGCCAGACCUGAAUGGUCUUGUUGGUGAUGUCGAAAAAGCUGCCGUUGAUCAAAUUGAGAAACCUCAGUCCAGAGGUCUCUUCUCUGAUGAUGAAGACUCCCAGUUAUUUACUGCUACCCCCAAGAGCCAACCUAAGCCUGAACUGACAAGUCUGGGCAAAACCAGCAAGGCGUCCUUAUCGUUAUUUGAUGAGGAGGAGGAGGAAGAGGAUCUGUUUGCGUCUGCAGUUGAUUCUAAAGGAAAGACCGCUCAGCCUAAAUCUGCCACACCACAACCCAGCAAGGCUGCGGCCAGCUCGCUUUUCAGCGACGAUGAGCAGGACCAAUGGAUGAGUCCAAAAAGUAGUCCAACAAAGCCAGACAGCGAGACGGGCGGGAUGAAAACCAGCACCAGUGCCCCAUCUCGUCUGCCGAGCGCCAAAACCCCUCCGAGGAGCAGCCUGUUCGAUGAAGAAGAGGAGGAUGACCUGUUUGCCCCACCAAAAGAGUUUAGUCAGAAGAAGCCCCAGAAGGUUGCUCUGCUGUUUGAAGAUGAGGAGGAUUUUGAUGAUGAAGGAUCUCUUUUUGACACCAAACCUCCAGUUAAGACACCCGUUGGCCCCGCUGAGCCGUCCCCCCAGCCUGGGGAAGUUGCAGCGUCUGCGUCGGCAGCAAAGGAGGAGACACAGGUGCAGCAGAAACCUGCGGCAAAAUCUCCCGAGCAGCUCCCCACUUUGCCGUCGCAGGAGAGCGCCGCGAGUAGAAAGAAGCCUGCUGGAGCCGUCAGCCUUUUCGGGGGCAUCGAUGUUCUGAACAGCAAGCAGACAAAGACGCCGCUGGACGGAACAGAACACGAUGACGUCUUCCUCUCUAAGGAAAGCCCUCCACCAUUAAGGAAGGAGGAAAAGAAGGAAGCAAAGGCCAAAACCAAAACCGUCAGUCUGUUUGAUGACGACGAGGAGGAGGGAUCAGACUGGAGUGAUCCGAUACCCGUUCCCAGUGAGCCCACGAAGACACAAAAGUCUGCAGAGGAGCGGCCGCAGACAAAAAGCACAGGUGUGUUCCAGGACGAAGAGUUGCUGUUCAGUCACACUCAGCAGAGGGACAAUGACCCAGACGUCGACCUCUUUGCAACCUCAGGGAAAGCUGCUAGUUCUGAGGUCAGCUCAGAGCGACCAGCAGCACCCAGUCUGUUUUCAGAUGAUGAUGAAGAUGACCUUUUCAGCUCCGUCAAGCCAAAACCUCCACCUCCGAAGAUAGCAGAGAAACCCAACAAGCUGCAUGACAGAGCACCACUGGCAAGCCCAGAUCCAGUGUCUGACAUUCAGAAACCUGCACAAAGUCCUGUAAAACCUAAAGAUUUCUCAUCAAGGAUUGGGAAACUUCAAGCCAGUCUGAUGAUCAACCCUGCUGCUUUGCUCCCCGGUGCUGCUUCUAGUAUGUCUGGAACUUAUAGUUCCUCUUCUGGGGUCUCCAGCUCCAGUCUGAGUCCAAGUCCUGUUUCCACCCCCGUGGGGGCUCAGGUGGAGGCUGAAGUGGGCGUGAGCUUCGAGAGCCCAGUGCAGGUCACUACACUGCAGAGCGCACACAAGACUCGAGUGAAAGGUUCUGUCUUUCGAAGACCCCAGUCCAGAGCGGCGAGGCAGCAAGCAGCUCAAAAAUCCCUGGACGAUAAAAAGGGGGGCCUUGCAGAUGCUCUCGGGCAAGCUUCCAGUCUGUCUGCUUUGGAGUUUCCUCCACCAGACACCAGCCAAACACACAUAGCUCCACCAUCUAUCUCAGCUGCACCUCCAUCAUUGCCAACCCCCUCAUCUGUGCAGCCUUCAUCCCCUCAGUUCUCUCCCAGACCCUCUGAGCUGACUCUGCCAGUAACGACGAAUGCUGAAAAGAAAGGCUCUAGCAAGUACAGCAGCAGCGUUAGGGCACCGCUAUCAUCUGAUGACGAUGACCUCUUUGGCUCUGAUGAUCUUUUCGGGGCAAGUUCAAUCACUAAUAUUCCCUCCAAGCCCUCCACUAGAGAAACUACCAAGACCAGUCAGCCUCAUGCCAGUACUGGGGUGGGACUGAAGAAAGACAAAGAUACAAGCACACUUCCUUCUAUUUUUGAUGAUAACACUGACGACCUUUUCCAAACUGUUAAGCCACAAGCAGCUGCAAAGAAAGCCCCCAAAGUCUCAUCCUUCUUGGAGGAAGAUGAUGAUGACAUUUUUGGUUUGAGCAAUAGUUCAACAUCAACGUCCAAAAGUAGCAAAGAAAUCAAGAAUGGCAGCAGUUUUUCAGAUCAGGACAUCUUUCAGGAUGAAGCAACCACUGUGCCUAAAGUUCAGAAAAAGCUCAAAGAGAAGUCCAUCGAUGCUAGCUUGUUCGAUGAUAACAUAGACAUUUUUGCUGACCUAACAGACACUUUAAAACCCAAACAAAAGUCCAAAACAAAGGGAGAAACCAAAUCAAUAUUUGAUGACGACAUGGAUGACAUUUUUUCAACAAGCACAGUAAAACCAGCAGCAAAGGCUCCUGCUAAAUUAAAGAAAGCAACACCAUCCCAGAAGAGUGAUACAGCAGCAGAUUCCAGCAACUUAUUUGAUGACCCACUUAAUGCUCUGGGUGGGAACUGAUGUUUUGUACUGGUCAGAUUUGUAAAAAUUUGGAUUAAUUCUUUUGUCAUUAGCAGAUCAUUUAAAGAUAUUGGAUACACUGUUGAUAGAGUAUUUAUUGUUAAAAAUUCAAAUCAGUACUGUGGCUUAUUUUUGGCUGCUAAAGAUUCAAAUGAUUGAUUCCUGUCAUCAUCCACCAACGUGAUCAUAUUGGCAUCAUUCAUAAUAUAAAUUUAGUCUUUAUUAUACAUGACAGCACUUUAUAAGCAUACCUUAUGCUUUGUCUCAAGGCCUGCAGAAAUUAAUAGUAAUUUUUCUCUUUUUUUAUUCCUUUUGCUUGUGAGAUUUCAUAUUUUGUUAGUGCCAUAUUCCACUUUUUGUCCUAGUUAUUUUAAUUUUUUUUUAAGAAAUUCAUCCAUGUCUUAACUUUGGCUGUAAUAAAAGCAAAACCUCUUUUUUUGAUAACUAAAAAGAAACCUAUUUUA